AUGAUUAGCGGGUUUUAAACAGGAAAAAAUAAAAAAAUAUAGCUAGUUAGCAAUGAAAAAUGCAAUAAGAUUAUUAUACAAUUUGAAGACCUAUCAGAAGAAGAAGAAAUUUUAAAAUCAGAAAACAAACCAACAAAAAAUGAUUUAAAUUUACUAAAUUCCCUUUCAAAAGAAGCAAUCAAAAAUAAUAAUUAACUCUAUCAUCCUAGUAAAUUUGCUGAAUAGGAAUUUAAAUUUUUAAGUAAAAAUACAAGAGAUUCAUUAUCGGAAAAGAAAAUCUCAUAUUAGACAGUAAUCAUGGGAGAUGAGAUAUAAAAAGAAAUUAUAACACCAAUAAAAAAAAUAGAAUCUAAUAACAAUUAUGAGAUCCUUUAAAUGAAUUCUAUAUUAUUAUCGAAAAUAAGCAAAUUAUCAAAAUGUUUGGUAGGAGAAAAAUUUUAUGAAUUAUCAAAAUAAUUAAUGAAAAAUUCAGUCUUGAAAUUUACAUCAGUUUGUAGAUCAUCAUAAAUUCCUUAAAAUUUUGAUUGGAAACUAAUAAAGGAGUAUUUUAAAUAAUAUGAUGAUGUAGAAAAAGAUUGGCUUUUGUAAUAAACGAAACUUAUUUUUUGGAAAUUGAAAUCAAAAAAUAAUAACAGUGAUCAAAAACUAAUUUUAGAAUUAGAAUAUCGUUAUUUUAUAUAAUAUAGAUUAUAAAGUAAAACAGUAAUUUAAUAAAUAUGGACAAAGGAUUAAUCAUUAAAUUAACAUAUGGUUUUAUUAGUUGUAGCAAUAGAAUAAAGCUAAGAAAGAAAGAUUAUAGAGUUAUCAGAUGGAUGGUAUUCAAUAUUUUUUGUUUGUGAAUAAAACUAUGAAUAAAUUUACAAUAAGAUUAAAAUUGGACAAAAAUUGCAUGUAACAAAUUUAAAAGAAUAUCCUAUAAUAUUUAAUACUUCUAAUGUAUAGUUAUAGUAUCAUCUAGGUUAAAAUAAUAUCAUAAUAUCCAUAUAACAAAUUGUUGGUUACUACUAAAAUAAAUUCAAUAAAAAAAGCUUAAUUAAAUACGAAGUUAGGGUAAUAAUAAGAAAAGUAUUUCCUGCGAUCACUUAUAAGUUUGAGAAAUGGUAUCAUUCCAUGCAUUGAUGUUUUUAUUGUGUCAAAAUCUUAUCUAAUAAAAAUAAAUUAGAAAAAUUAAAGACAAGCUACAUUAUUUAACUCAGAAACUGAAAAUGAAGAAGAAAUGUAAUAGCUACGAAAUUCUAAUUUGUGUUUUUGGAUCACAGUUAUGGAUAGCUUAAAUUAUUUUGAUUAAAGAAAUUCUAAAAUAACUGAAUUCAAAGAUAUAUUAGUUUAUAUUAAUGAUCCAUUAUAAUACGAAUUAAUAUCUGUUGGUUAGAGAGUUUAAAUUAUUAAUGCAAUUUAAUUUAAUUCCGAAAUUACUUUAAAAAUAACAAAAUCUUCAGGAUUUAUAUUUGAGUUAUAAUAAUAUUAGGAUUAUUUCAGUAAAUUGUAAUUCCUUAGUAAUAAAUAUGAUAUAUAGAUCAAGGUAAAUAAUCAUAUUAAACUUGAAUAAAUAAAUAUAAUUGAAGGUAGCAAUGAUUAGCAAUAGAUUGUUAAAAUAGAAAUACAAAAUAAUUUUUUUGGUGAAAUUUUAAAAAGCUAAUAAUUGAAAGUAUUAAAAGUGACUUAACUAAAUAAAAUUAAUAAUGAGAGAUUUCAAACCACAUAAAUUAGUAAAUUGAUUAAUAUUAUAAAUUAUAAUAAAUGA